AUGUAGCAAUCUGACUUCGGAUUCUAAGGCCAGAGUGGAGGAUUGAAUAAUUUUAACAAGCAGAGCAAUAUGUUUAAGGAGAGCUAGCUUAAAAUUAUGUAACUAGAGUCUGAUAUCAAGCUCAAAGAAAUGAAGUUAAAUCUGCUUCAGCUUCAAAACUAAACGAGAACUGCUGAACACUCUGAGACAAUGAGGCAACUUCAAGACUAGAUUAACAAAAUUCAAAAAGAGAAGAAGGAGCUAAUUAUGUCCAAAGACGAAUAAAUAUAGACUUUAAACCAAGAAAUCAACUCUCUGGAACAGUAACUAAUUCAGGCUAAAUUAGAUGCAGCAACUAUUAAAUCUCAGCUUUAAGAGGAAAGGAAUAAAGCACUAAUUCUGAAAAGACAAAUAAAAGACGUGCAUAAAGUUUCGUAGAUAUAAAUGGCAUCCAAGGGAAAUAUGGGGCUGACGAGCUCUGGACACAAACCCAGAGAGUCUAACAUGGAUUUUCUAAAAAAUUUGAAACUUGAAAAUAAGUCAAAGGCUUACUCAUCUAGCAACAAAUCUUCAUUUAUUGGUGGAUCUAGUGAGUAUCAAACUAACAAUGGAGCUGAGAGAGUGCAGGGCAGCAAUUAAGACUAUGCAGAUCAUCUUAUAGAACACAAUGAAUAAUGGAGUCAGAAAAAAGCAAUUUAAAUAUCUGAUGCAUUCAAGGAAGACAAUUAUUCUCAAAGUUAAAAAGAUCAGUAUGGCGUUGAAGAAAACAAAAGAAGCGAGAGUAAAGCUGAUGAUGAAGAGUAUCAAUCUGUGCAAAUGAAGCCAUUCGAAGAUGAAGACUGGAAUGAGGAAAUGGAUAAUCAGUCUAAGUUAAAGGAGGCUUUAAGAGCUGUUUUAAGAGCAAAGUUGUAUGAGUAAGUGCAAGAUAAAGAUACAGUCAAGACUUGGGUCGAACAAUUUCUGCCAAAACUUAAAUCUUCAAAAGAUCACUCAAAGAUUUAAACUUAGAAAAAAUUCAAAGAAGCACUUAAGAAGGGUAUUCCCUCUGAAAUUAGAGGGUUGGUGUGGCAGUAGCUUAUAGGAAAUGAGCUGAGAAUAACUGAUCAGUUGUUUAAGUUAUUACUUGAGAGAGCUGAAUUAUCAGAGCAAAAUGCUGAUAAAGAUCCCGUAUUUAGGAAAAAUUUGAAAGUUAUAGAAGAAGACCUGCACAGGACAUUUGGAGAGUUAGGUCACUUCAGAUAUGGAAACAAACUUUACUAGCCUCUAAGGAAUGUUCUAAUUGCAUACUCAGUAAGAAUUAAUAAAUUUUAAAUACAUUAAUAGAUGCUAAGACCAGAUCUUGGUUACGUAUAAGGAAUGAGUUAUGUGGCUGGAUCAAUACUACUUCAUUGUGAAGGUGAGAUCGAAGCAUUCAAAUGCUUCUCAAAUUUAAUGAACAGAGAUUUGCUGUUUAACUUUUACUCCUUUGAUAUGGAGAAGGUGAACAUUAUCUUUCAUGUAUUCAUGACAUUAAUGAGAGAGAAACUGCCUAAAAUGUAUUAAGUGUUUAAAUAAACAAAUCUUUCAUGCUCUAUUUUCCUGUUUGAAUGGAUAGUAGCAUUGUAUUCAAAUAUAUUUCCUCUGGAAACAAGUGCCAAGAUUUGGGAUUAAUACUUAUUCUAUGGAGACUUCUUUCUGAUAAAAGUGGCUAUAGGCAUUUGCUCAAGUUUAGAACAAAAUGUGGCUUCUAAUAACUUUGAAAUGAUGGUCUUAUUGUUCAAAAAUGUUCGCAAUUUUGUAACUGAAGAUAUGCUGCUAGAUUCAUUAAAGCUAGUAAAGUUUAAUAAAAAAGAAUAUGAUAAACUUAAAAGACAAAUAGAAAAUACACCCAACCUAGAAAGACUCAUUUGA